UAACCCUUGCCUAUGUUUAAUAUUUCUGACAGCGUUCUUUGAUAAGCGAAAUACGUCAUAAAUAUCAGUGGAAGUAUACUGAGAUUGUAAUAUAAAUUCGUAUAAUUUUAAUAUACAAGUGACGGUUUAAAGUGAUUGUUACUUUUUAACAUACGAAGUAGUAUGACUGAAAAUUUAGACGAGUGUUACGAAAUUAUUGUGAAAUUAUCAAAGGAAGGGGGUCAGUUAAUACAUGAGAGAAUUUGGAGUAAAAAAAUUGUGGAAUUUAAGUCCUGUGAAGUGGAUCUAGUUACAGAAACUGACCAACAAGUGGAAAAACUCCUUAUAUCAAAUUUGAAGGCAAAGUUCCCAAGUCACAGGUUUAUUGGUGAGGAGUCUACUGCUGCAGGAGUGAAAUGUGAACUUACUGAUGAUCCAACAUGGAUCAUAGAUCCUGUAGAUGGCACCAUGAAUUUUGUGCAUGGCUACCCUAAUGUCUGUGUGUCAGUAGCCUUGUGGGUGAAUAAAGUUGCACAGAUUGGCAUUAUAUAUAAUCCAAUUUUAGAUUUAUUCUUCUCAGCACGCCAAGGACAAGGAGCAUUCCUAAAUGGAAAACCAAUACAUGUAUCACAUGAAAAUGAGUUAUCAAAGUCCCUGAUAGGAUACGAAUUUGGAACAAGUCGUGAUACAGAGAAAAUGAAAGUGGUAAUGGGAAACAUGAACAUUCUUACACCAGUUGUUCACGGAGUUCGUUCCACAGGCUCCUGUGCACAGAACAUGGCAAUGGUUGCCCUAGGAGGUACAAAUGCAAACUUUGAAUUUGGAAUUCAUGCUUGGGAUAUAGCAGCUGGAUGUCUCAUAGUAACUGAAGCUGGGGGUGUAGUGAUUGAUCCUGCAGGUGGACCUUUUGAUGUGCUGAGUCGCCGCUAUUUAUGUGCCUGUUCACAAGAUAUAGCUGACCAGUUAGUGAAAAUCAUCAAGCAGUAUUAUCCAGAAAGGGACUAAAGUUGUUCCAUAUUUACCUUUUGUUAACUUAGAAUGGCUAUGAACAGGCAAUCACAUGUAACAAAUACAUAGCAUUAAAAUAUAUUACUAGAAAAUGUA